UGAUGAACAAAAAAUGGCCACCUGAAUCGCGAUUGAAACAAUUCUUGACCAAUUCUGAAUUUUUUUCUUCAAAAUUACUUUUAAAAAAAAUCAAAUCAAAUGAUUGAAAUGUCCAAAAUUAAUCUUGAAUCAAUAAGAAAAAAAAUCAACAAUCUAUAUAGAUUUCGUGAUGAAUAUUUUGUCAACAAUUCGAAUGAAAAUGAAUGGCCAAAUAAACGAUCAGCGAUUGAAAUGAAAAUAAAGGAAAUUAAUGAUGAACUUGAAAAUUAUAUCAAUACAAAUCAUCUGGAUGAUGAUGAUAAUAAUAUGAAUAAUAAAGCUGAAUAUUAUUUUCUUCGUGGAUGGUUAUUAAAUAUACGUGAUCAAUAUGAUACAAAUGUAUUUGAAUCACUGACAAAAUCAAUAAAAUUUCAACCAGAUAAUCAACAAGCAUGGUUAGAAUUAGGUGAAUGUUAUUUUAAAAAACAACAACUUAAUUUAGCUAAAAAUUGUUUUGAAAAAGUUUUACAAAUAAAUCCUUCGGAAAAACAUGCAUUACGUAAUCUAUCGAUAAUGUUACGAUCAAAUCAAUGUAAUACUAAUGAUCAAUCAUUGGAAACAAAACAACAAAAUAUUGUUAAAAGUAUUGAAUUAGCUAAAAAAGCUAUCGAAUAUGAUUGUAAUGAUCCGGAUUCAUGGGCUAUUCUUGGUAAUGCUUAUCUAACAUUAUUUUUUCAAUCAUCCAAUAAUAAAUCAUUAAAUCGAAUAGAUUUAUUGGAAAAAUGUAAAUCAUCAUAUCAAAAAGCAUUGAAUGAUCCUAUUGUACGAACAAAAUCCGAUAUUCUUUAUAAUUUUAGUACAAUAUUACAAUAUGAUGAAGAAUUUGAACAAUCAUUACAAUGUUUAUAUAAUGCAAGUCGUUAUGAUUCAGAAUGGCUAGAAUUGAUUGAUAAAAAACAACGAUUACUUAAUUUGUUUGAUGAAAUUUGUAAUGGAAAUAAAUUAGAUCGGACUGUGAUCAAAGCGAAAAAAUUAGCCAAUAUUAAAGAACAAUUACAAACGGAAGAAUUAAAAUUGAAAAAACAAUUUCAAAAUGAAUUGAAAUUUUUUAAUGGUCAAACAAAAUUGAUCGAUGAAUUGAAUGUAAAUGAAAUAAAUGAUUGUUUACUAGUCUGUCGAAUUAUAUCAUAUAUUGCCGAUCCGCAUAAUAUAUUUUUUUCAUCUAUUUAUAUUAUUAUUGAUUCGAAUGGUCAAACAAUUACAUUGUUUGUUUAUGAUUUGAUCAGAAAUAAAGGACCAAGACCUGGUGAUACAUUAAUCAUAAUCAAACCAUUUCUUCGAGAAUAUCGAAUAAAAUUCAACGGACAAGAAUUUCAUUUUAAAGCAUUAAGAAUUGUUGAUCCAUUACAGGAAAUGUUAAUCAAUAAUAUGCAAAUUAAAAAUGAUUGUUUAGCUAUACCGACUAUUAAUGUAACACUUAAAAGUGAUUGAUUGGAUUUAUUUGAAAAAUAAUAUUACUUACAACUUCGAUAAAUUCUUCGAUUGUAAUGAAACUGGUUCCAUAUUCAAGAACUUUGGAUUUAAGUGCAGCACGUUUACGUGCAACAUAUGGAUC